GGCAGCCUAGUCUGGCCUGGAGCGAGCCAUGACCGCGCUGUGGGGCCUCUGGCCCGAGGUGCAGGACAACUGCACCUCGCUGGGGCUUAUGCUGUUGCUGGUAUUGUUCAUGGGGCUGGCCCGCGUGGUCACCCGGCAGCAGCUGCACAGGUUCACGAUGAUCCACACCUUCGUCUUGGAGUUUCUGGCCACCUUCCAGCUCUGCUGCUGCACCCAUGAGCUGCAACUGCUGAGCGAGCAGGAACCCGCGCACCCCACCUGGCCGCUGACGCUAGUGUACUUCUUCUCGUUGGUGCAUGGCCUGACCCUGGUGGGCACCUCUAGCAACCCGUGUGGCGUGAUGAUGCAGAUGUUGCUGGGGGGAAUGUCCUCCGAGACGGGUGCCCUUAGGCUGUCGGCUCAGCUGAUUGGUGCCCUGUGCAGCAGGUACUGCGUAAGCGUCCUGUGGAGCCUGGGGCUGAGCAAGUAUCACCUCGACGAGAGGAGCUUCGCUUGCAGGAAUCCCAUUCAAGUGGACUUGCCCAAAGCGAUCAUCACGGAGGCCAUCUGCUCCUUUAUUUUCCACAGCGCUUUGCUGCACUUCCAGGAGGUCCGAACCAAGCUUCGUAUCCACCUGCUGGCAGCAAUCAUCACCUUUUUGGUCUACACAGGAGGAAGUCUAACAGGAGCUGUAUUUAAUCCAGCUUUGGCACUUUCACUACAUUUGAAGUGUUUUGAUGAAGCAUUCCUUCGAUUUUUUAUAGUAUAUUGGCUCGCUCCUUCUUUAGGUAUAUUGUUGAUGAUUUUGAUGUUCAACUUUUUCCUUCCAUGGCUGUAUAACAACCAUACUAUUAAUAAAAACGAGUAACUAUUCCAAAAGACUCAGACUAAGUUACAGGACAGUCAAGCUGGAGGUGAUAAAGAUUUUAUCACCUCAUAUUCAACAUCCUGGCUGCACUGGACUCAUCAAUGUUUAGCUUCCUCUGAGGAAGCUGCCUUGUAGUUUUCAUCACUGGAACUGAAAGAAAAAAUUACUGUGAAAAGGAGAUAUCCUGUGUUUCUCAGUUAAGACUUGUUCUUUUGAGUGUGUAUUAAAUGCUGCUAGAAAAGGCAUUACAUGAAAUAUAAA